CGCACAGAAUAAAAACAUUCACAUUUACUUUCAGAGCAAUUUAGGUUCCAAAUACUGUCUGCAAAAAAAUCAUAUUAAACACAAGGGGGCGCAAUGGCUCUGUACCAACGUCCACGUUGUGGGUGCAUCACAACUCCCUUCAAAUGAACUCUGGAAAUAUGCUAAAUAAAAAAUAAAAUGCUUUAGCUGAACUUGUUCGUGACGUAGUGAGAAAACCUGUUGAGUUGUCCUCAUGUUGACACCGUGUCCAUCGCCUGAGUGAAAGCGCUUCAUUUCAUUUGAUUCUCUUUGCAAUAAAACAACAGACCUGACACCGUUUUUCAGUCAAAUUAUUCACAACUUUAGAAGUAAAGAGCGAUAACAGCUGUUCUGUUGUGAUAUCACAACUCUCUCUUCUGUCGCCUCAGCCAGUGGACAGUUAUUUUCCUGGACUGUACUACAAAGUUUGUCUGAGGGGUGUCCGUCUUGUGUCGCCGGUGCUUGUUUCAAUUUAAAUGCGAAAAAUAAACUUUUAUAUCAUUACGACAAUGCGUUUGUGCCAAGUGUUGCUAGACUGGGUCUUUUCUGAGGUUCCAGCCAGGAGGGAUGUUGUCUUUUUGACGAGGAGUCUCCCCGUAGUCUCCCCGUAGUCUCCCCUCCUUCACGCACUCUGGAUUAAGUAAUCCGACUGGCUGACUUCACUGCUUUUGAGGUUCAUUAAUCGUAUUGUCUGCCAAGUUGAAGCCGAGUUCGCGAGUUACAUUUCCAAAUGAACCGUGUUAAUUAAUAUAAAGUAAAAGGCUCGUCGUUUGACAAUCACCUGGUUCGUCAACUGUCGGCCUUCGCUCGUGAGACUUCGGGGGUAACGCUAGCGAAGUUGGUUCAAAGCUAACGGUUAGCCACGGUUAGCCGCAGCCAGCUGAUGCUUCUGAUGCUUCACGCGUGUAAUAAUGUUGAUGUGCUCCUGUGAAAAAGUGGAUUUUAACAUCGCGUCCCGGACCGUUGCUCGGCUAGUUUUUGAGGCCGAGCAAGAUAACAGAAGCGGAGGAGUCUCAUCCAACGGGAGCACAGCCAGUAACUCACCUCGCAGCACUCCUGGCAGCUCUCCCUCCCUGCGCCGCAGGGUCCUUGGUGGCGGCGGCGGCAGCGGCGGCAGGGCCAGUGAGAAUGAGGGAGGAGGCGAUAAGUGCACUACUGGAGGAGGUGGAGGUUCAGAUAGCCCCCUGCCCUCCAUAUCCUCAGCCUCCUCCCUCACAUCUGCAUACCCACUUGCUUCUCGCCCCUUCAGCCGCAAUGCCAAGAAAAUGCAGAGCUGGUACAAUGUUCUCAGUCCCACAUACAAACAGCGGAAUGAAGAUUUCCGUAAACUCUUUAAGAAACUUCCUGACACAGAGCGACUCAUAGUGGAUUACUCUUGUGCUUUGCAGAAGGACAUCCUGCUUCAGGGCCGUCUUUAUCUGUCAGAGAAUUGGCUGUGUUUCUACAGUAACAUCUUCCGUUGGGAAACCACUAUCACUAUCCUGUUGAGAGAUGUGACCUCGAUGACGAAGGAGAAGACGGCUAAGCUCAUCCCAAAUGCCAUCCAGAUUUGCACUGACAAUGAGAAGCAUUUCCUCACAUCUUUUGGAGCAAGGGAUCGCAGCUUCAUGAUGAUUUUCCGUCUGUGGCAGAAUGCACUGUUGGACAAGUCAUUGUCCCCUAAAGAGCUGUGGCACAUCGUGCACCAGUGUUACGGCACUGAGCUGGGCCUUACCAGUGAAGACGAUGACUAUGUCUCUCCCAUUGCCGAGCACAUGAACGGCCUGCUGCCAUGUGACGAGUCAGUGUUGGUCACAGAUCUGCUCGACCUGAGCUCGGUGUCGGUUCCCUCUACAGGCAGCUCUCCCCCUCCGCUGGUGCCCUGUCGUCCCGCCAGCCCUUCCUCUGCCACUAACCUCGGGGGCUCGUCUCCGUUUUCUUCUGCCUCCUGUCUGCCCAUAGAGUUGCCUUCUGCGUCUGGACGUAGACUCAGCUCUGACCCACUUGAACCCAGCCCCCCCAGCUCCCAGGGUGUAUUACCAACCACCACUGCCCCCAGUGCUUCCGUGUCAGCCUCUGCCCUGGCGUCUGCUGCUGCUUCAUUUUAUAUAGAAGAGGGCGGCGACAGCCUGUCUGAGUCAGCCAAUCAAAUGCUUCCACCGCCAACCGCUCGGCUGGGAAACCUGUCCUCACUGGACGUUACCAAUGACGAGGAACUGCCCACUGACCCCAGCAACUCGUCUGACACGCAAGAAGAGAGUGAAGUGGAGUCCUUCUGUGCAGACCUGAGUGGACGACUGAACAUCAACUGUGUGGUCCGCAUGAGUGUGGACAAGCUUCACGACCUGCUGUUCUCUGCUGACACACACUUCAUCCAGCACCUUUUCUCUCAGCGCCACUUUACAGAUCUGCUCGUUGGUGAAUGGCAGCAGGACAGCAGCAGUGGGAAUACCACCCGUGUGCUCAGCUACACCAUAGCUCUCAACAACCCCCUUGGCCCCAAGACUGCCCCUGUGGUGGAAACGCAGACGUUGUAUAAGAGCAGUGCACGAGGAGAGUGCUAUGUAGUGGACUCUGAGGUCAUCACCUCAGGUAUCCCAUACCAGGACUACUUCUACACCGUCCAUAGAUACUGCCUCACCUCCAUCAACAAGCACAAGAGCCGCUUAAGAGUUUCCUCUGAAAUCUGUUACCGGAAGCAGCCGUGGAGUCUGGUGAAAGCACUGAUUGAGAAGAACACCUGGAGCGGUGUUGAAGAGUACUACAGACAUAUGGAGGGAGAGGUGUGUAAGCUGGAGACACUGCUGCAGUCGGACGUUUCAGUGAUGACCACCGGUGACGCAGUCAGGGCCGAAGGUGUCAAGACGCCGCCAGGUCUGCGCCGCCGUAAACGCACCUGCUCUCGGCGAGAUGGAGCGGGUGUGGCUACAGGAGAGCGAGGGGAUAGAGGAGUUGGAGAGGCGAGGGAAAGAAGAGAAACUGGUGGUCAGUAUUUGAAGCUGGGGGAGCGUUCACAUGGCGGAGGACACAACAGUAUUUCCACCAUCCUCCUCAUUGUCAGCUUUAUGAUCGGUAUCAGUCUGGUGGUGCUGGUGGCUCUCAACAUGCUGCUGUUCUACAAGCUGUACGCUCUGGAAAGAGCGGCUCAUACACUGGAGACGUGGCACUCCUAUUCUCUUGCUGACAGUCCACUGCCUCAGACGGCCGGAGAGUGGGCGCAGGUCCUGCAGCUCCAGAGGCAGUUUCACCAGGCUCAGCUCAGUAAGUGGCAGCAGAUCCUGCAGUCCACCGUCACACUUCUUGACCAGAUGAAGCAGUCUUUAGAGAAACUCCACCUGGGCAUCGUGGUUCCAGAGGUGCACGAGGAUCAACCCACCAACACACUCACAGAGCCGGUGUCUGAGGGAUGAGCUGUACCUCUGCUGGAGCAACACUGUCUGUGAUACUCGACUCCACAAAUAAACAAAAAACUCCCCCCCAUGUGGGACAUGCAGGGGCAGGAACUGAUGGCAGCACCCGCCCUGCAGUAAUGAGCGUAUACAGCUGCAAGUCAUCUGUAUGUUAACGUGUGGAAACUGUCUCACACCUUCCACUUCCUCCACUCAUAAAACUGACCUGCAACAUUUCACCGACUCACUGGAACAGGAAGUGUGGGCUCCACUUCCUCUGACGAAUGCCUGCUGAAACAAGAAAGGAACAUUUCAACACCAGAUUUCAUUCUACAUCUGACACACUCCCACUCCUCCUGUUGCUUUUUGGGUUUUAUUUUUGUUUAAGGACCAUCACAGUAUUUAUUAUUACAAAUGACUGAAGUGCUGUCUGCUCUGUCUGCUCUGAGAAGUCACCUGGUGGCUGCUCUGAUUUGCUGUUACAAUGAGGACCAAAAAUGAUUACUGGUCUCAGCAAUAAUAACAAUAGUGAUUCUAGUCAUUUUUGAAUGUCUCAAGGAAAGAAUGAUGAAAAUAAUGAAGAAGAAAUGUAGUCGUAGAAAUGAACAAACCAGGAAAUGUUACUUAAUGUCAAACAUUUCUUUUCUUCCAUAUAGAACUAAACUAUUACAAGUGACUUGUUUCUUUCACUGGAUCGCACAUUUUAAAACGUAAGGACCAACCAAAUAUUUGUUGGCCCAAUGUAAAGAUAAAGGGAAUCUGUUUUGCAGUAUUAUUUCUCUUCUUUCUUUCUUUUUUUAUUUCUUUUUCACAUUGUGUCUCAGCUCUUUUGUUUGGAUCUGUCAUUUCUGUCCAUUGUUGUUGACUUUUUGGCCUCCAAUGAAAAAACCUCCGAUGAUGUGAAAAUCUGCACUCUCAUCUUUUUUUCUCCUCUCCACUCUUCUUUAUCUCUGUCUGUCUGUCUGUCUGUCUGUCUGUCUCUCUCUCAGUGCAUCACGUGGGCCCUGCUGUGCAUGGCCAUCCACAGAUAAGAAAAGGAUGUAAUAUUUAUUAAAGAGAGGAGGAGGGAGGAUGUACUGUCAUGGAGAGAAAUGAAAAAUGUUAUAAAACAUGAAACGUGUUCUCACUCAUUUUUGACUCACUCUGCAACUUAACAUUGAAAAGCUUUUCGUUUAAAUGAGGCUACAGUAGUUACCUUUUUACUUUGAUCUAUAACUGAAAACAGAGGUUUCAUUUUCUGUUUUGUUUUUUUACACGACAUUACACCCUCUAAACCUAAAAGGAUCUUUUAAACUUAUUGUAUUUGGGAAUUGACACACCAGAGAAAGGAUCCUUCUGAAGGAUGCAGUCAACAGAUUGUAAGGAUUGCACUUUAGUUUAUUAAAACCUUCAUGGGU